CGUACUAAGAAGUCAGCGAAUAGCAUCCUGCUCUCGAAACCAUAUCGCGUGAUUUUUUCGAGAGAAUUUUGACAGGAGCUUUUCCUGAACAACGUUUGUCGUCUAGCCCAGCAUUGAGGUCUCUCUGAGCAAUUCGUCGCUUGUGUGAUUGAUCACUAAGGUUAUAGUGUACGUCGCCUUGUGUUUGCCGGCGCUUGUGAUAUAUGGACACAAAACAAUUAGUGUAUUGGGAUGAACUUGUGAAAAGAAAAAUUAGUGUUAAAGUAAAUAGUGACUUCGUUUACUUUUAAGCUGCUAAUGCAAUGAAUUAGUAGAUCUAACUAUUUUUUAUAGAUUUUUAAAGUAUUAUUGGUGUUUCUUGUGCGGUAAAAACUAAAGUGAACAUUUUAUUUUUAUUUGGAGUAAUUAAGGUGUGGCCCAACCAUUGAGGGUAGCAUGAUAACGAUGGAGUGUCAGCCAGGUGGUCAUGGGGGACCUCUGGGACACUCCAUGAUGUUAGAUCCCUCAGGAGGCGGAAUGCAUCAGCAGGAAAGCGAUCACAAGAAGAAACUUUUUUCAGGAGACGGUGGAUCCCACGUUGGAUCUUCUUCAAGUGAUGGCCAUGGAGGCGUUAACCAACUGGGUGGAGUCUUCGUGAACGGUAGGCCUUUGCCGGACGUAGUGAGGCAAAGGAUAGUCGAAUUAGCUCACAACGGAGUACGGCCCUGUGAUAUUUCCAGACAGUUAAGGGUGUCCCAUGGAUGCGUAUCCAAAAUUCUUUCGAGGUAUUACGAAACGGGUAGCUUUAAGGCCGGUGUAAUCGGCGGUUCCAAACCAAAAGUUGCAACUCCACCUGUAGUAGAUGCUAUCGCUAACUACAAAAGAGAAAAUCCUACGAUGUUUGCCUGGGAAAUUCGUGAUAGGCUUCUGGCUGAAGGAAUUUGCUCCCAAGACAAUGUACCUAGUGUAUCUUCAAUUAAUAGGAUUGUGAGGAACAAGGCUGCUGAAAAGGCCAAGCAUGCGCACCAAAUAGCGACAAGUAACGCUGCCUCGUCUGUUAGCGGAGGACCCGUAUCUGUGAUCGCGCAUGCACCAGCAACGCAAUUAAACGAACCCAGAUCGGGUGCUUAUAGUAUAAAUGGUAUCUUAGGUUUACAACAUGAUCCAAAUGGAAAUAGUAUAAAGAGGAAACGAAUAGACGACCACGACGAAAACAAGGACAUGAACGGACACCCGGAAGAUGACUUCAAGAGGCAAAGAUCGCAGUAUAAUGGCGACCAGCUUUAUUCAAAUCUUUGGACGCCAGGAAAAUGGAAUAUAAAAGAUGAACACAAAUUAUUGUCAGAAUUAGGCGGAGCUGGUACAACCACAGGUCAAACGGGCUAUUACGACACACACGCAGGAUUUGGAGGUGUCAGUAACGUCAGCUCCGCAUCAGACAUCUAUGACACCAUCAACACGAUGAGCCAAGCGACAUCCCAGAAUCUAUACACACCUCCCUUGGCUGGUUCAUUAGCUGAAACUAGUUCCCCGUACAAUGGCGUUGUCGGUCUGGGUGCCGCUGUGGACGGUUCAUCACCAGGAUUACCACUCGCAUUACCCGCAGAAUCCGGAAGUCAACCCGCAUCGCAUACUGGGUCUCCUGACCCUGCUGCUUUGACCGUUCUUCAACCGUCCAAUGGAGCUUCCCAACAUUAUACGACGAUGUUACCAAAUUUUGGGUAUUCAACCACAGCAGGCACCACAAUGGUACCAGGAACUGAUUACGCUUAUAGUACUGCAUACAGUCAGUAUGGAGCAGCUUACGGCACUUAUGGAUAUGGUAGUGCGUCUAGCGGGUUACUUAAUAGUGCGUAUUAUUACAACGAUAUUACCGCCAAUGGAAUCAACAGCAAUGAGCCAGCACAAAUCAGUUGCGUAAACUCAAAUGCAAACACAGACCAAAGCAGUCGGAGUCCUCUAGCGGCGACUAGAGCAAAUUCCCUAGCCUCAGCCAACUCACCGACCGAGAGUGGGAGCGCUUGCCUCAAAACAGAAAACAUUUUUACCCAUGAUCUGAACUUAGCUUAA